AUGAAGAGUAUUUUUCGGAAGUUCCACAUCGGAGGCGGACAAGAUCCUAGCCGAUCUGGAGAGAUUUCCUCGUCUCCGGCGGGCGCCGCCGCCGCCGCUACCGCCUUAUACCCGUUUCAUUCGCUUCCGAUCACCGGACUUCGGCGGCGCCUCCUUCGCCGACACCACCGUCCCCAGUGGAUGGGGAGAGAGUGGUGUCGGCGGCGGGGGGGGAAACCGGCUCAGUUUUGGGAGUUCCAGGUGCAGCUGGCGUUGGCGAUUAGCGCGUCAAAGUCGGAGUUCAGAGAGGAUCCGGAUGGCGAUCAAAUCCGUGCCGCUAAGCUGUUAAGCUUGGGAACGCGUGACCAGGGACGACAGGAGGAGGGUGCGGCUCAGUUGCUUUCGCAGCGGUAUUGGGACUACAAUGUGCUUGAUUAUGAUGAGAAAGUUGUGGACGGGUUCUAUGACAUAUUUGGGCUUCCCAACAAGUUGGGAAGUCAAGGGAAGAUGCCAUCUCUUCAUGAUCUCCAAACCAGUAUAGGGGAUCUUGGGUUCGAAGUUAUUAUUGUAAAUCGCACCAUUGAUAAUGCCCUAGUGGAGUUGGAACAAGUUGCUCAUUGCAUUUCCUUGGACUUCCCUGCUGCAGAAGUUGUGUUUUUGGUACAAAGGGUUUCUGAGCUUGUUUCUCAGCACAUGGGUGGUCCUGUAAAGGAUGCAAAUGAAAUGCUAGUUCGGUGGAUUGAAAAAAGUACGGAGUUAAGGAGCUCACUACAAACAAGCUUAUUGCCCAUUGGUUGCAUAAAUAUAGGUCUCUCUCGUCAUCGUGCUCUUCUAUUCAAGGUCCUUGCUGAUAAUGUUGGCAUACCUUGCAAGCUAGUCAAAGGAAGUCAUUAUACAGGUGUUGAUGGUGAUGCUGUCAACAUAAUAAAGUAUGGUGAUCAUAGAGAAUUUUUGGUUGAUCUUAUGGCUGCCCCUGGUACCCUUAUUCCAGCAGAUGUACCAAUUACAGAGGAUGCUUCAUUGAAAUCCUAUAAUGUAAUGGUGAAUCAAAACCUAAUUCCUUGGAAUAUAAAUAAUUCAGGUGACUAUUUUUCGAGAGGUGAAAGUGGAAAUUACAACUUGGUUGGUGAUAAGAUGCUUGAUGGAAGGCCAAGUCGUGAAAACAUGGCAUUGCUACCAUCUUUACUAGGAGAAUCAUCAGCAAAUGCUGCAAGCAGUUCAAGUGGAAAUGCAGAAAGUCUUUAUCAGCAUGGAAUAUCUAACCAAAUUUUAUCUUCUACAAGUGGAGCUACAAGUUCAGGAGAUUCUUUGGACUCAAGGAACCUUUUUUCUGAACUUAAUCCAUUUCAGGCACUUGUAGUUGGAAAGCCUUCUUCAGCUUUUAAAGCUUCUGAUCAUAGAACUAAUGAAUAUCAAAGGUCAAGAGAGCCAGGUGCAUCUGGACCUGGAAGACCUCAUAAUCAGUCACCGCUGGUUCGUAAAAGUCAUUAUCCAUGCAUUGAUGUUUCAAACACAAAGCAUUACAACUUUGUGGAGGGAGUCAUUCCAAAGAAUAAUGUAGGGGAUAGAGAUCUUAAUACGUCACCCUAUGCAUCCAGCUCAACUGGAAGCUCUAUGUUUAAUCCUAUGUCUAGUUCUGGUACUGCAUUCCCAGUCAGUGCUGAUGAUACCUCUAGAACUAUUGAUUGUUCUUCUGGAGCUACGAACUCAUCCGUUACUUUAGGACCUUCCCAAAAUGGUAAAGUAGUCAGUGUUGAUCCUCCGAUAAACAAAAGUUUAUUCCAAAUUCAAUCUGAAAAACAUGGUUUGCCAUUGCGAAACAAUGCUUCUCAUGAGGCAAUGGAGCGAGAAAAAAAUGUCAAUGCAAAGCAAGACAGGAGAAGGCGCACACAUGAUAGAUUUAUGGGCAGGAAUAUGGCCCCAGAAAAUUCAGAUCCAUCGGUUUCUUACACUCAGGAUAGGUUUAUUGGGAAGGAUAUGGUGGAGAAUACAAAUCACCAAGCUUCUUUGCCAUUAUCCAGACCAAGCAGAAUUGAUCCAAUGCUUGAUGAUGUAGCUGAAUGGGAAAUUCCUUGGGAAGAUCUUGUAAUUGGUGAAAGGAUUGGAUUAGGUUCAUAUGGAGAAGUUUAUCAUGCUGAUUGGAACGGCACCGAAGUAGCAGUGAAAAAGUUUCUAGACCAAGAUUUUUAUGGAGAUGCUUUGGAUGAAUUUCGAAGCGAAGUUCGAAUAAUGCGCCGGUUGCGUCAUCCUAAUAUUGUUCUUUUUUUGGGUGCUGUGGCCCGACCUCCUAAUCUCUCAAUUGUGUCCGAGUUUCUUCCAAGAGGAAGCUUAUACAAGAUUCUUCAUCGUCCUAAUUGCCAAAUUGAUGAGCAGAGGAGGAUCAAAAUGGCGCUUGAUGUGGCUAAAGGAAUGAAUUGUUUGCAUACUAGUGCUCCAAUAAUUGUUCAUCGAGAUCUCAAAUCACCAAAUUUGUUGGUUGACAAAAAUUGGACCGUAAAGGUUUGUGAUUUUGGCCUUUCACGCUUAAAGCACAGUACUUUUCUGUCAUCUAAAUCUACUGCUGGAACACCGGAGUGGAUGGCACCAGAGGUUUUACGUAACGAACCAUCCAAUGAAAAAUGUGAUGUCUAUAGUUUUGGAGUCAUCCUAUGGGAGCUUGCAACACUGCGCAAACCUUGGAGCGGUAUGAACCCAAUGCAGGUUGUUGGUGCCGUCGGCUUCCAGAAUCGACGGCUCGAAAUUCCCAAUGAAAUCGACCCUCUAGUUUCCAGAAUCAUUUGGGAAUGCUGGCAAAUGGAACCAAGCUUGCGCCCUUCUUUCGCGCAGCUCACAACCGCUUUAAAGUCCUUGCAGCGCCUCGUCGUCUCCCCUCACCAUGACUCCCAGAAUCCGAUGGCAUCGCAGGAGAUUCCGGUGAACUCGACGCCAUGAUAUUCUCUUCGAAUUGUGAAUAAUUAUACCAAUAUUACUUAUUUUGAUGUAUAGAGUAGAAUUAUUUAAGAAAAAUGUUAAGUCUUCUGUACAAAGGUUUGAGAACUAUAUAGUCAUCCUGUGGUUAAUUUGCCAGGUGCAGCUAAAGGGAAUUGCUUGUUUAUUGUACAGUGAUUGGGCUGUCAGUGGCUUCAAAUGUAAAAUGUCUUACAGGAAUUUAUAAUUAUUUUGUUUUUUUUAGUGUUUUUGGAAAAUUGGCAUGUUUUUAGUGAAUGAAUAUUGUUACUUUGG